UGUUAGCUGUCGUUUUGAGGCGCGUAAUUGAAUACAAGUAUCUUCACGAAUACUCAAACUAGUUUGAUUUAUAUUUCACGAUUAUCCAAAAUAAUUGAUUCGAUUAAUACUUCAUUGGAAAAAUGAACGAUAGCUUUGGUGGAGGAGCAUUAAACGCGACCGGUAGUGGUGGUGCCGUUCAGGAAAACAAAGCGGAAGGUGUCCUACCGUUGACCAUUCGUCAGAUUCUAGAUUCGUCCGAAAAUGGAAUCCAGUUGUUUGGAACUAACUACAGUAUGGUGACGUUUAUUGCGAUCGUACGGAACAUUGACCACUCUUCAACCAAAAUCACCUACCGACUAGAGGAUCACACCGGUCAGGUCGACGGUCACUUCUGGCUCGAAGAGGGCGAUACUAUGAAUGUACCGGGAAUCGUAGUACAUGGCUAUGCGCGCAUCGUGGGAUCGGUACGGAACCAAGGUGGCAGCAAAGCGGUGAUGAUUUUCAAAAUCGAUCAGGUUUCGUCGCCAAAUGAGGUUACCACACAUCUGCUAGAAGUUUUGAAUGCCCGGUACAAGGGUGAAGAAUAUGCUAAAAGUGGAGCUGGUGGUUCUGGAUAUGGAGGUGCUGGCGAUAAGAAUACCGCUUCCAGCGGGGGCUUCAUGGAAACCGAUGGCAACACGAUGGGGCUUAGUGGAAAGCAACUGUUGGUGUACAAAGCUAUCAAAGCGCACAUUUCCGAUAUUGGCAUCAGUCGGAAGGAAUUGCAGCAAAAAUUCACACAUAUAAAUGUAUCCGAGAUGCAGAGCAUCACGGACUACAUGACUCAGGAGGGUAUCAUCUAUACUAGCGUCGAUUCUGAUCAUUUUCUCUGUGUGGAUUCAUAAUUUUACGUUAUAUACUGUUUUUACCGAGAUUUUUAUUUUUUCCCCUCAAGUGACAUUUAACUCAGGUCUUGAGAAGUAUGUGAUGUCACGUGGAUAUUUUCAUUCGUUGAAAUAAAUGUUU